AUGGCGUGGCGCCUCCUAUGGCCUUUUGUCCUAAUGGGAGGUUUGAGCUGCGUGGCUCUGGAAAUCCACCCGGAGGAGUCCCAGUACUACGCCGCCGAGGGCUCCGAUGUCACAAUGCCUUGCCAGUACAAUGACACCCUGAACAGCUCGGGGCACAUAAUAUGGCACUCCGCCCCUUUUGAUGUCUCCCCACCGCUCAUCAUUAGGUUCGGUGACGGCCGGUUGCUCUCCGAUCAUUACGAACCGAUGAAGGGCAGGGUCCGUUUCACGGCAAGCGAUCCCCAAAAUGGAGACGCUUCUAUCACCAUUAGCAACGUCAGUCGCUCAGACGCGAUGACUUACAAUUGCUCUGUGAAGUUACCUGAUGUGAAGAAGAUAAUGACCCUGACGGUCAUGAAGCCGCCAAGUCAACCGAUAUGCAACUUGCAAGGGGAAUUCGCCCAAGGCAAUAACGUGACGCUUACAUGCUUGUCUUUCCAUGGUGAAUCCCCUCUGACGUACACCUGGGCCAAGAUCAGCGGAAACCAGGUCCUCCCCGCCAAUGCCGUGGUGGACUCCGUAAGAGGCACCAUGCGCGUAGAUAAUAUCAUCGAGCAGGACUGUGGAAGCUAUCGCUGCACAGUGGGGAGCUUGGUCGGAAGCAAAAGCUGUGAGCUCGUCCUCCCCUGCCCGGACGUGCAAGAAGCCCACAUGUCCUCCGCGCUGCUGAUUACCAUCUCCAUCACGGUGGUCCUCGUCAUCCUUGCUGGUUCCAUCAUCACCACUGGCUGCUUGUGGUGGUUCAGAAAGAAGACAGGGCAGUAUAACUUCAGUGAUGAGCCACCUCCUUCCCGAUGGAUUCCAAAAAAAAAAGAGAUUCUGCCGUCUUUGCACUACGAGGCCAAAGACCAGACCGUCACCUUGACUGCUUGCCGCAUGCUUCAAGACUGA